UUACAUCACUUGUUUUCACGGCACAGUCUUCUUUUUAAUCAGUUUCUAAUAUAUUAUCCGAUAAUUACUCAAUUACUCUGUCACAAUAUCUAAUUAUCUGUAUAUUAGCCAUCAUCCGUUGCAAUUAUUGUGACUAAUGAGAUUAAUUAAUCCUAAUACUGUCUCUCAUCUGUCGCUCGUGCCAUAACAGAUACUUCGCGUUAUAAAGCACAACUCAUUCAGUGACUGUUAGAAAAAUCGUUCAGCGGAAUCUUCGACACCGUCGGCAGUGCAGUAUAAAACUUGUACUUCUAUCGUCGAACGCAACGCGAUGUUAGCAGCCAGGCACGCCGCUUCUCUCUCAGCGCGUUGAGACGCGCAAACGUUUCCUCGACCAUCCAUUGCGCACUCGCGAGAACAACAAUGUUCGCAACGUGUUGCCCCUUCUCGAAGCGAGACGGGCGUAUGGCGGAUCGUCAUUGCGGGAGUAAGAGGAAGCAUGGAAAGUACGUAUGGAGACUGGAGAGCUUAGCCGCGAGGAACGGAGCGCAACUCCUCAUCUUUUAAUGCAACGCGUCGCGUUCGCAGUCGACGCGCGACUGCCACGGAGCACGGAUAUGUUCGCGCUAUGCGUCCUCUUCCUGGCUGUGUUCUUCGCGCGACCGUACGCGACCGAGCGGGAUGGCUCGAGCGGGAUACCGUUCACGAGGGAGAAAUACUAUCACGUGCCCGGCUCGCUGACGAAUGAACAGGUCGCCACGUUGUCCGACCUCGCGAACGUCACUCACUUGAAUGAGGUAUUGGAUAACAUAUGUGUGGUGAGGAUCGUAGGAACCCCCGAACAUGCGAUGGUGAAGGAGUAUAUCAAAAGGUCAAUGAAAAAUCUGGGUUGGACAGUUGAAUCGGACAUAUUUCAAGCUGACACGCCUGUAUUUGGCAAGCUAAAGUUCGAAAACAUAAUAACAAAGUUAAAUCCUAAUGCAAAAAGAUACUUAACGCUGGCUUGUCAUUUUGAUUCGAAGUACACGAGGGAGCGAGACUUUAUUGGAGCCACAGACAGUGCUGUGCCAUGUGCUCAAUUGAUAAAUUUGGCAACUGUCAUGAGUAAAUACUUGACUGAACAAGACGUCAGUUUGAUGUUUAUUUUCUUCGAUGGAGAAGAAGCGUUCGAGGAAUGGGGUCCGAACGAUUCAAUUUACGGUGCUAAACACUUAGCUAAACAAUGGCAUAAUACAAAAAUUACUUACGGCGGAAAAAACAAUUUCUCCGAAUUGGAUAGAAUGGACAUAUUGGUUCUUCUUGACUUACUAGGCGCUCCUGACCCGACGUUUUACAAUUACUUUAAAAACACUGAGAAAUGGUACUCCUUGCUAGUCAAUAUUGAAAAGAAAUUAGCUCAUAUGAGAAAGUUCGAGUCGUAUUCAUAUGGCAGACCGGAACAGAGGUAUUUUCAACCGUACUCGUUCGAGGCGCAUAUCGAAGACGAUCACAUUCCCUUCUUGAAGAAAGACGUGCCUAUUUUGCAUAUAAUACCUACCCCAUUUCCGCCGUUUUGGCACAAAUCUGGUGACAAUCGACACAAUAUUGAUUUAAAGACUACAGAGAAUAUUAACAAGAUACUCAGGAUAUUCGUCGCUUCUUAUUUACAUCUAUCAAAUGUCUAACAAAAUUGAGAAAUGUCACACGUAUCCUGGAGAAAUAACUACUUAACUGUGCUUCUACUCGUCAAUUCUAGGAUACAUAUGUACAAGUAAUAUCAGGAGAAAUAUCUAAAGUAUACAAUGCUAAAUUUGCGGAAUAUUACAUAUCUAUCGAACAAACUACAAGUUUCAGAUAUCAUAAUAUUUAUAAAGAAUUCUUUAUAUUGAGCUGCAAACGAUUUUUUGGAAACCUUUUGCCGCUUGGGACAUCUUGCUAAAUGUUUCUUAUGAAAAAACGUGAUAUAUUUGUAUAAUUUUGUAUUAUACGUAAUUAUUAAUUUAUUAUGUAGACGCGGUCUAUAAUAUUACAGAAUAAGCAAAAAGUAUAGGACCAGUAAAAUAUUUGGAAACAAGGUAUUUGAGAAAUUUUUUUUUCAUAUAGAAAUUGUAUGGUUGUAUUUUGCAUGAAAUUAUAAUAAUUUCUUUUGUAAUAAUGAUUUCUCUAAUUAUUCUACAUAUAAAAGCAUUAAGAUAGAGUUAUCAAAAAGUCAAUAAUUAUUUUUAUGAGAUAUUUUAAAUUUUAUUCUUAUAUAUAGAAUAUUAAAUAUCUCAUAUCAAACUAUUGAUUUUCCUAUUUUUAUAUGUAGAAUAAUUGAAGGAAUCAUAUUAUGUAAAAAAAAGAAACAUAAUUCCAACAUUUUAUUCGUGUAUCUUUUCGUGUAUAUUUUACUAAUACUUUUUGCUCGUUCCGUAUGUAUAUUAUUAUAGAUAAGGCAAAAAUUCUAUAUAUUUUUGUAAAUUAACAGAUCUGCGUUUAUAUUCUGUAUAUAAACAUAGUAAGAUAUAUGUGAGAAGGUGCAA